AAAAAAACUUGAUAUAUAUGACGUGUGUGGUAUGCUCUUAUCUUCUAAUUUAUAUUUGAUGGUUACCUUACCACUAAAAACUAUUCAUCAUCCUCAACUCCAACUUUCAUUUCUACCCCAUCUAUAAUUAUAUACACAUCAUAUAUAUAUAUAUACACAUUCAUCAUCUUCAUCAUAACAAAAAGGAAAAUCACUCAUAUAUAUAUAUAUAUAUAACUCUCUCUAGAAGAAAAAAAAAACAUGGCAGAAGCUGACAACAAAAUGAUCAUGAAUACAUUUGACAUGGGUGCACUUAGAACAAAUCUCCCAAUGAACAAGAGAGGAUUGUCAAGGUACUAUUCAGGAAAAUCAAGGUCAUUUACAUGCAUGGCAGAUGUUCAAUGCUUAGAAGACCUUAAAAAGCCAGAACACAUUCCAGAUGCCAAGAAGAGGAAGAAGUAUUCUGAUCAAAGAACCAAAUUAGCAACCUCAACUAAUGAUCAUCAUCAUAUCAUAUUACCUCUUCCACCAAAUAAUUAUCCUUCAUUUUGUCGAACUCUUCCUACUAAUAACCAAUGUUCACCCCCUUGUCAUGUUGGAGUCUAAGGCCUUUUUUUGUUAAGAGGAAAGAAAAAAAGAAGUGGUAGUAAUGAUUUUGACUUAAUAAUAAUAAAACCCUCUUGUUGGUUGUGAUAUAUUUCUGGAGAUUAUGUAAAUAUAGAUAUAGUAGAGGAGAUAUGUAUAACAUUAGAAACAUAUGAAGGGUUUCAAUUUUCUGCAGUUUAAUUAUUGUUUUGAAGUGGAGUUUUGUUGUAUUUACAACUACUAUAUUUCUUAAUGAAAAGGUUUUGUAUUCUUAUUGUUUA